GCUUCUGAAGGGACCAUCCACAACGGAAUGCUGUGGCAGCGCCGACCAGCGCGGAGAAGAAGUGCUUGACCCCACAAUGGCAGCUCCAGGGGGCUUCCUGAGUGGCCAAGCCGAGGCCCCUAGUGCUGGCGUGGUCAUUCCUGAUCAGGAGGAGCACUCGGCAUCGGGUUCGUGGAAAGCUGACUUGAAAGGAAAGAUGCGGAGUCUGAAGAAUGCAUUGAAGAGCGCGGGCCUUGGGCGGACACACAGUGCGCAGUCCAAAGAUAUCCCAGAUCCUGCCGAUGUGAUUGUGGGUCCGGUGAUCGGAAAGGUGACCGAUUGCACGGCACGCAUCCUCAUCGAGCUGGACAAAACGGCCCAAGUCACCCUCGCUCUCGUGGACGAGAUCUCCGGCAUUCUGGCGGGGAGCAAGGUUUUGGCGGUCCCUCCUUUCCAGCCAACAAUCUUCACUUUCCAGGGGCUUAAGCCCGAGACCUCGUACUCUGUUCAAAUCCGGGGAUGUCACUGCGGGAUUACGAGCGGGUUCAAGACGAUCGCGCAGUGUGCGAACGAAGUGAAGUUUGCGGUGAUCAGUUGCAACAAGAUCUUCAUAACGCGGACGGAGGUGAAAACGGGGACGGGCGAUCUGUGGCAUCAUUUGGAGAAGCGGAUCGCAAAGGGGCAGGUGGAUAUGAUGCUGCACCUAGGAGACCAGGUCUACGCUGAUGGCGACAAGGCCUUCGACAAGGCGGCCGCGCGCGAGCACACGAGCCUGAGCAACAAGUUUGCAGUUGCGGAAGACAUGCUCAAGGGGAUCCCCUGGGAGCAGUGGCCGCAAUACUACGACCGCAUCUGCGCGAUCUACCGCGAAAUCUACCGGGAGACGUGGGCGCACCCCCCGACCGCGAGGUGUCUCGCGACGUGCCCGAGCAUCAUGAUCUACGACGACCACGAGGUUCGUGACAACUGGGGCGACCUCCCGACCGACUGGGACCCCGCGAGUCUUCACAUGUUUGUGGCGCGCUGCGCAUGGCGGGUGCAGCUAGAGUACCAGCGGCAGCUGCACGAGGACGUCGACUUUGCGCACCUCGAGCGGAUAACUAGAGACUUCCACUUCCACGUCGUCGGCGGCGUCGGGCUCAUGUUCCUCGACAUCCGGGGCUCGCGCACUUUUCACCGCAGGCCUAACGACCCCUACAAAUACCUGGGUUCCGACCAGUGGACCGAAAUCAAAUCCGCGCUCGGGAGGGGGGGCAUCUUUGACGGCGUGCGCGCGCUCCUGGUGUGCUCCCCCGCGCCGGUGGUUUUCCUCACCGGCCUAGUUACGGACGAGUUCGCGGACCACAUCGCGCGCCUGGAGGACUUCAAGGGCCACUGGUCGCACCGGGACCACCGGGGAGAGCAGCUUGAGUUCCUGACUCGGCUGGUGGAAUGGAAGGGCCGCGUCGCGGCAGGCGCGGGCGGCCGCGAGCUGUACAUCUUUGGGGGGGACGUGCACUGCGGGGGGCACUCGGACAUUCUUUUGGGCGACCAGCUAGUCUUCCGGCAGCUCACGAGCAGCGCCAUCGCAAACCACCCUCUGCCCACCACGGCGUAUACGGUUUUACGGUUAGCGGGGGACACUCUGGAAGACCUGGGGGAGAACUUCAGUUUUCACCACCAUCACUGGACGCGCAGGCGGAACUACGGGUUAGUGAGCGUGGUUAACCAAAACCAGGGGGACCCUGCGGCAGAGGUCAAGAUUACUACGCAGCUGGUCGACGGGCAUGCGGUCAUGACCCACGAGGGGCCGAUUGUGAGUAGCUGCGACGAGAAGGUGACCGACUGGAACAUUCUCGGGCGGUGCAUACGGAGUAUAAAGGGCAAGCUUGUGCUACGCUAGCGCAGUGCUAAAGUGGGUUACGGCAGAGACAAGUCAAAGGGCCCUGGCAUGCUGAGGGACAUGUAUACUAACAGUCGGGUGUGAGCUUACCAUGCAAAGCGGCCAAUAAGAGAGAGGGGCCGGGUGUGUACGAAAAGAGUAUAGGUAUUCCCCUUAUACAUUGCUCUAAGUUUCGGUGUAGCAUAGUAUAGACAAACCUUAUUUGAAGUUUUGCAACUUGCACUCCAUGCAGGAGCAGGUCUGUACCUCUAUAAGAUCUGAGCUGAUCGUGAACAAGCUUAAAAGCGCGACAAGGCUGAGGAAGUAUAUACGAACCUUGAAGGCUAAGUUUGUUGAGUUUGACAAGUUUGAUCCUUCUCUUACAAAGUCGACCAUGCAUACUGAUCAGGCGCCUGCUGCAGAUCCUUCAUGCAACAGAACUUAGGCGGCAACUCUGCCGCACACAGGAGCACUCUCUAAGAUCUGCAGAUUGUUUCGGCC